AUGGCCACCGAACUUCCAGUCGAGACCCACGUCUCUCUCAACGGCGCCAAUGGCUCCACUGCUCAAGAUGCGACCUCCUUCGCCAACAAGGAUGCUCUCGCUCGUAUGCUGAAAGGCGGUGUCAUCAUGGACGUCACAACCGAAGAGCAAGCUCGCAUCGCCGAAGAAGCCGGUGCCUCGGCCGUCAUGGCAUUGGAACGUAUCCCAGCCGAUAUUCGUAUCGAGGGCGGUGUCUCCCGUAUGUCUGACCCAGGGAUGAUCAAGCGUAUCAAAGCAGCCGUCACAAUCCCAGUCAUGGCCAAGGCUCGUAUUGGUCACUUUGUCGAAUGUCAAAUCCUCGAUGCCAUUGGAAUUGAUUUCAUCGACGAGUCCGAGGUCUUGACCCCAGCAGACAAUGUCCACCAUGUCACCAAACAUGGCUACAAGGCUCCAUUCGUCUGUGGAUGCAGAAAUCUUGGUGAGGCUUUAAGAAGAAUCAGCGAGGGUGCUGCUAUGAUCCGUACCAAAGGUGAAGCCGGAACCGGCGACGUCGUCGAAGCGGUAAAGCACAUGCGCACUCUCAAUUCCGAGAUCAAGAAGGCCCAGAACCUUUCGGACGAAGAACUCUACGUCAUGGCCAAGGAAAUCGGAGCUCCCUAUGACCUCCUCAAGAAAACCGCCCAGCUUGGUCGUCUUCCAGUCGUCAACUUCGCAGCUGGAGGUGUCGCUACCCCAGCCGACGCUGCUUUGAUGAUGCAGCUAGGCUGUGAUGGUGUCUUUGUUGGAAGUGGUAUCUUCAGAAGUGGAGACCCAGCAAAGAGGGCUAAGGCUAUUGUUCAGGCUGUUACGCACUACAACAACCCGCAGAUUCUAGCUGAAGUCUCUGAGGGCCUUGGAGAAGCCAUGGUCGGUGUUUCCGUCUCAUCCCUUCCGGAAUCCCAGAAGCUUCAAGGUCGUGGGUGGUAA